GCUCCGCCCCCAACAAAUUAUUAACAAUUAUAAUAAAAAGUACAAAAAUCACGUAGCAUUGUCAAAAUUUUUAAAUCAAUUUAUAGAGUAAUAAGUUGCAUCUAUACAACAAAAUGUUGAAAACGUUCACUACUUUUGAGUUUGGUCUCGUUGUCAGCGUUUUGCCUGCCGCAUUCUUCUAUUUAUGGACGCUAAUAGCCGGCGAUUUAAUUAAUUUCCCUGGCAGUCGCUCAAAACUAUACAGCUAUACAGCCAAAGAUAUGGUGAACUGUUAUCAGAAUUACACUGCAAACUCCAACGGCGGGUUAAAGAAAGCUGAAUAGCUUUACAUUUCCUAACAUACUGUAUAGUAUUUUAUAUAAUUAAGUAUGUAUUAUGCUAAAACUACUUCGCACGCAUUUAAAACGCUUAUGAAAUAUAUAUAUACAUAUUUUUACAAAUAACUUUUUAUAGAAGGUUUAAGGGUUGCAGGUGGAUUUACAAGUUGAAAUUUUAAUUCUUUUCUAUGUAAAAACUGAUUUUUUACUAAAUUUGACAAUUUAAUGAACUACCUUUUGGU